UGCCCGCGGCGACACGAAAGCUUCAACAGUCACACGACACCACGCUUUCUCGAGGUACGGCGCAGCGCAAACAUCCAUCUCACGGCUCAAUCAAUUUGGUUUUCUUUUAGAAGCGGCCCUUCGUCACAGCAGCCAGCAUGUCGUCGUCCUCUCCCACACAAGCAUCCCUCAUUCAGCUUGGCAACUCCUACAGAGGUGCUGGUAAACGCGAGUCAUCGUCCAGCGAUGCCAAGCAGCAGCAGCAUAGGCACGCCAUCAAGCAAGUCGCUGCGGGAGAGCAAAGGUUGGAUGGGUGGAGCGUCGCUAUAGAUGUGGUGGCCAGCGGACUUUGUGGCACCGACUUGCACUACCUCGGCCAGGACGUUGGCCUGGGUCACGAGGGUGUGGGUGUUGUGUCUGCCUUGGGAUCCGCCCUGCUGCAAGAUGAUGGCGCGGAAGCCAAGAAGCUCGGCUUGAAGGUGGGAAGCAGGGUUGGCUGGGGCUACGUGCAAGGCGCAUGCUUGGCCUGCUUGCCGUGUGUUCAGGGAGUCGACACCAUGUGCCGGACUCGCAAGCUCUAUGGCGUUACCAACAAGCAUCAGGGCAGCAUCGGUGACGCCUACGUCGUCGACGCCCGCUUCGUACACCUCAUCCCUGACGCGCUGCCUCUCGUGUAUGCCGCCCCUCUGCAAUGUGCCGGCGCGACAGUCUUUGGUGCCAUCCAUGCCUGCGCGGAUCUAAAGCCGUGGCACCGCGUAGGAGUGCUAGCUAUAGGCGGCUUGGGCCACUUAGCAAUUCAGUACCUGUCCAAGAUGGGUUGUCACGUGGUCGUCUUUUCCACCUCGGACUCCAAACGGGAGGAGGCUUUCAAGCUCGGAGCGUCCGAGUUUGUGGCUACCGGAAGAGACAACAAGGAACUCAAGUCUGCGAUUAAGAGCGCAGAUUGGAAAGGUAGUGUGGACUACCUCUUUGUCGCUAGCAGCGUCCAACCCGACUGGGAUACGUAUCUACACCCUCGCAUUCUCUCUUCGCGAGCCACAGUCAUCCCGCUGAGCGUCAGCGCAGACGCUCUCCACAUCAAAGGAUACCAGCAGCUGAUUUCCAAAGAGAUUCGUAUUCAAGGCUCGAUGGUUGCCAGUCGGCCCGUGCAUCGAAUCAUGCUCGACUUCAGCGCCAGAACGCGCUCGUGGCCGUGGAUCGAGCUGCUGCCCAUGUCGCCUGAAGGCGUAGAAGAAGCGGUCAAUCGGCUCGACGCUGGACAAGUCCGGUAUCGCUUCGUUUUGCAACAUCCGACACACAAGGACCCGCUCUUUCCGGACCAUGUUCCUGGGCCUGCCUUGCAAAAUAAAAUCUGAUCUGCCUGCCGCGUCUCCUGAAAUUCAUGUAUCUGCAAGCCGCCACUGGCAUGGUCUCUACUCGUUGCAGAUGUAAUUUGAAUUAGCAUCUGGAAUGACGAUGGGCU